CUAAUCUUGACCGCAGUCGUGCGAGUGGUCGUCGUGUUCGUGUGUUUCUUUUUGAUUGGAAGACAUUGUGCACAUCGACUUCGGAUGAGCGUUCUGGAGACGAGUAGUCUUCCUACAAGUCAGAGCAGUGUAUGUAAUGGGACCAGAGUUUCUUUGGCGCAUUUCGCACUUCCCAUUCGUUCAUAGAUUGAUCACUUCUUGCUACAACGGGCUGUGACACCGCGCUACUGCUCGCGCUGUUCAACUAAAGUCACUUCGAAAGAAAGGGAAAAAACUCUGUCACUGUGGUAGCCGUGAUGUCUGGAGCGGCCAUCCCGCUGAGGACACCGCGUUAGAGCCGCGAAGUGUUUUCUACUCACACCCCACCGCCGUGAAGGCGCGAACAGGACCAUGGCCCAGAGUCGCCUGCCCUUCCCUGGAGAUUAUGUGUGGUAUGACUCGCAGCUGGGAGGAGAGUUCUCCGUGCCAAUUGGAGCCAAAGUCAAGACGGUCACGGAGGAAUGGCUGGCUUUCCUGACUGAAGACAAUGAGGACGUGUCCAUCCCAAUCAAUGAGAUUCAUCGUCUCAAGCUCAUGCAGGAGAGUAACGUUGAUGGCGUAGAGGACAUGAUCCAUCUGGAUGAUGUUUCUGAAGCUGGCCUGUUGCGCAAUAUUCGCAUCCGAUUUGGAAAGGAUCGGAUCUAUACGUACACCGGAACCAUUCUUGUUGCUCUGAAUCCCAACAAAAAUCUGGGCAUUUACAACAAAGAGAUGAUCCAUCGGUAUGCCGGUGCCAAGUUGCAGGACUAUCCGCCACACAUCUUCGCCAUUGCUAACGCUGCUUACGAGAAGAUGAAAUACACGCAGGCUAACCAGUGCAUCAUCAACAGUGGUGAGACUGGUGCAGGCAAGACUGAGUCGACCAAGCUCAUCUUGCAGUUUCUGGCUGCCGUCAGUGGACAACACAAUUGGAUUGAGCAGCAGAUUCUGGAUUCCAAUCCUGUUCUUGAAGCAUUCGGCAACGCCAAGACCUCUCGUAAUGACAACAGCAGUCGCUUUGGAAAGUACAUCAACAUUCACUUUGACCGGCUCGGCCACAUCCAGUUUGCCAAGAUUCAUCAGUAUCUACUGGAGAAGUGCCGCAUUGUUCAUCAAAACUUCUCCGAGCUCAACUACCACAUCUACUAUCUGAUGCUUGCUGGCCUGGAUGAGCAGAGCAAAGAGCGGCUGCACUUGCAGGACAUCACAAGUUAUCAUUACCUGGUGGAGGGAGAGUGCCCUCCAUUGCCACAGCAUAAUGCUGACGAGUUCCGAAAAGUGAAGGCAGCCAUGAAGGUAUUGAUGUUUACUGAAGAUGAAAUGUGGACCAUAUUCUCCAUCCUGGCAGCUCUCCUUCACAUCGGCAAUAUCCAAAUGACAGCCAUUGAGCUGAAGCAGCUGGAGGCGUCAGAGCUGGUUCACUCCGACCUCACUCGUAUCGCUACAGAUCUACUUCAGAUUGAUGAGAAGGAGAUGAUCAGGUGGUUUACAAACAAGUCUACUUCUACAGGAAGAGGUGACACCGUUGUUUCCCCGCUCAGCAAGACCAAGGCAAUGGACAUGAAGGACUCCUUCGUCAAGGGCAUUUACUCCAAGAUGUUUGUCUGGGUGGCCGGCCGCAUCAAUAGCAGCAUUGAAGGGCCAAAGUUGCAAAGAUCUCGGUCUAAGCUGCACCCGGCAUCGAGCACCAUCUCCAUUGGCAUCCUGGACAUCUUUGGCUUUGAAAGCUCCGAUCAUGGCAAUUUUUUUGAGCAGCUCUGCGUGAACUACACAAAUGAAAAGCUUCAGAACUUCUUCCUUCACCAUAUCUUCAAAUUGGAACAGGCAGAAUAUGAAGCAGAGAACAUCAGUUGGUCGCACAUACCGUUCGUGGACAAUCAAGAAGUUCUCGAUCUCCUGUGCAUGAAACGAAUGAACAUCCUGGCCUUGGUGGAUGAGGAGAGUAGGUUCCCAAAGGGCAGUGAUGACAGCUUGCUGCAGAAGUUGACCGCCAAUCACGGCAAGAAUGCUCUCUACAUAAAGCCCAAACCACGAUCGAACAAGUUUGGCAUUCAACACUUUGCUGGUACUGUGUCGUACAUUACCGAAGGUUUUCUGGAGAAGAACAGAGAUACUUUCAGCAAGGACCUUAUCCGCUUACUACACUCUAGUCGCCUGAGUCUCGUCCACAACUUCUUCAAGAAAGACUUUGAUGAAAUGGGCUUCAAAGUGCCGCCAACAUUGGCAUCACAGUUUCGCACAUCACUGGACGAAAUGAUGGAAGCACUGCGUGGAUGUGAGCCAUUCUUCGUCAGGUGCAUCAAACCCAACAUGAUGAUGCAGCCUACGGUAUUUGACCGGGAACUGGUACUGAAACAACUAAGAUACUCUGGAAUGAUGGAGACUGUCAAGAUCCGUAUGGUUGGCUACCCAGUUCGAAUGGCGUUUGCAAACUUCGUAAAGCGCUACUGGAUGACAUUCAAUAAGGGCAGCAAGGAAAGUGCGCCGGAUGACGUUGACAAGUUGAUGAUGAGCACCAUUGCAAAGAAGCUGCCAGUUCUCAAAGACAAAGACUGGCAAGUGGGCAGAUCCAAGCUAUUCUUGAAGGAGGAACAGUUUGAAGCACUUGAGCUACUCAGAGCCCAAGUUGUCACCAACAUGGCCACCAAGAUUCAGCGUCGAAUUCUCUUGUGGCUGACACGGAUUCGCCUGAAACGACGACGCGCAGCGGCCAUUGUAUUCCAGCGCGCAUGGAGAACCAUCUGCCAACGGCGCUGGUUUCUCAAGGUCCGUUCGGGCUUCAUCAAGCUGCAAGCACGUUGGCGUUGCUACCACCAGCGCAGAAGAUACCUCAAGAUUCGAGCUUUUGCUCGUGGAUUUCAGCCACGCGUUCGCGGUUACCUUGUGCGGAAACGUGUCAGGCGUAUGGUCACAUCCUUGAUAAAGUUACAAAGCCACGCACGACGGCUUUCAGCAAGAAAACGGGUUGGCAAGAUCCGCAUUGAUUUAGAACUUUCCAGGGAGGAGGAGCGGCGACGGGAACAAGAGAGGAUAGAAGCUGAGCGUGCUGCAGAACGAGCAAGGAUGACAAAGCAGCAGCGCAGAGAAGAAGAGGAACGUAUUCGUCAACAGAAGCUGCGAGAAGAGGCAGAGGAACGCGAGAGAUUGGCACAACAGGAGGCCGAAAGGCGCCGGAUUGAUGAAGAAGCACAACAAGUGGAGCGUGAGAAAGAUCGCAAGCAGAUGGAGGAACUGAAAAAUAUGGAAGAGAUGAGGGCUGCCUUUGCCGAGGCCCAGCUAGUGCAGAAGAAGGACAGCGAGGAGGGCUGGGAAUCUGCCGUUCAGCAACAGCGUGAUAAUGUGAAGGAGAAGUGGAGGGCAGAGAGGGAAAAAGUUGAAGAAAUGCAAGUCAGACAGCGAUCAUCUUCUGGUUCAAGGAAGUUCUCAUCGCCAGUGGUGAAGAUCAAACGUGUUGUCUCAGGUUUGGCAAUGAAGGCGUCACCAGGAUCUUCACGUAGCAGGACAUCCAGUCUGGCCAAAGAGAGCUCGUUUGAUGACUCGUCGUCAAGGCCACUAGCCCUCAAGGCACUGCUACUUCCACAAAGUGUAAAUGAAGACCAGCUUGGAGAGGAUGGAGAGGAUGAUGAUGAUGAACUGGCAUCAGCUCAGAAGAAGGAGUUUGGCAUCUUGCCGUACACAGCUGCAGAGGUGGUGGAGAAGCCAAAGCUGAUUCCUCCUACUGCCUUGUCAUCAUUUGGGUACCGAAAGUUUGCAGCCAUUCACUACCGGGAUGAAACUCGGGCCACAUUCUCAGCGCAACCGUCGGCGGGCCCGCUCCUUUACCACCCUUCUGUAGAUCAACGACAGACCGCAUCCCAGCUUCGGACAUGCAUCAUGCAGUUCAUGGGCGAUCUGCCUGAAACGCACGCUGCGACAAGAGCGCAACUGCUAGAGGAAGUAGGAUCUAUCAUGUUGAAACUUCGGCUUCAUCACAGCCGCAAGGAGACCAUGCCACUGCCGCCUUACCCUCUGUCUCAACUCGACAAAGUCCAUUUUAUUGUCGGCAACUGCAUCCUCUAUCCAACGCUCAGAGAUGAGGUGUACAGCAUCAUGAUUGGUCAGCUAAGCGGAAACCCCACACCUUCCAGUCGAGCACUGGGCUGGGUUCUGAUGUGCCUGUGCUUGGGCUGUGUUGCACCUUCAAACAGGAUGAUCAACUAUUUCAGGAAUUUUGUACUCACUGGUCCCAAGUCCUAUGCACCGUUGCUGGACAAGCGAUUACAGAGAACCUACAAAAAUGCUGACCGCCAAUGGCCACCGUCAUUCUUAGAACUGCAGGCUGCCAAGAUUGGUGCUGCUCAACUGCCAGUGAUUGUUCGACUUGCAGAUGGCCGGUGCAUUACGGUCAUGAUAGAUCCAGCAACCAGUGCUGGCGAACUUUGCAAGGAGGUGCUGAACGGCCUGAAGCUGAAGGACCGGCAAGGAUAUGCACUGGCCGUGGAAAUGGGUGAAACGGUGAUCAACAUCGGUGCUGGAGAUUAUCCAGUGAUGGAUACUGUAUCUGCGUGUGAACAAUACACGUCCCAACUGAAAGGCUGUGACGUCACGACUCUGGCAGCUAACGACAAACAUCAACAAGCUUCACGACAGCAGAAACAGUCCACCAGCGCGCUCAACGCCUGCUCACUGGUGCUUGUCCGCACAUUCUUUCCACCAUGGCACGACUGCACUGCUGACAGGGAGAGUACAGACCUAGUCUACCAUCAAGUUAUCCAUGGCAUCAAGACUGGAAAUCAUCAGUACCAGUCCGAUGAAGAGCUAAUUGUGCUGCUGGCUCAAGAGUGCUUCAUCCGCUACAACGGUGAUCAAGUGAACACAAAGAAGCUGGUGGAGGCUCUGAGGGACAUACUGCCUGAGGCUGAGCUGGAAAGAAGAACGGAUCGCAAGUGGGCAGCUCUUGUCAAGGCAACGCAGGCCAAGGGUGGUCUUGAUUUGGCGGGCAGUGACCUCGAGGAGAUCAAGCAGGAUGUGGUGGACUAUGCCAAAAUCAACUGGAUCUUGCCGUUCAGCUACGAGUACUCAGUGGAAAAGGUCACAGGCCUAAAACUGGAAGAGGAAGGUGGAACAUUGUCACUGGCUGUUCACUACCAAGGUGUUAGCUUGCUGCACAAACCAGCACCUACAGCCUGUGGAAAUCCAGAUGACCGACCGGAUGUGGCAAGGAAGCAGGAGAAGAACAUGCUGCUCACAAUUCCUUAUGACCAGCUUGUCAACAUCAGUAUGACGAGAACGGUGGUGGGUGGGUCGCCAACCAUACAGCUAGUCACACUUGACGGCGAUAUGAUGUACGUGACUGCUGCAAAAGCCGAAGGCGUUAGCAAACUGGUGAACGAGUUGCUGACUGACUUACGGCAUCGAUCACACUUUGCAACCGUCAUUCAGACACCAUCAAAGGAAGAUGAGAGCUGGCUGGCAGUGCAAAUUGGUGAUGUGCUGGUACUGGACAAGUGCUACGCUGAGCUGAAAGACACUGAUGAGGAGUUUGUGACCGUGGUGAAUUUGAGAACUUCGGAGACUGGUGAUGUGCCUGUUAGUUGCCUAUCCAUCCUACCGAUCACACGAGAGCCUGAUCAGGAUUUCAAGGCACAGCUGACAUCACUCAACGCGACUGCUCACCAGCAUUUCUCAGCGAUGGUAGUCCAUCGCAGUCGCUCACAGUCGAUGCAAUCUCGAGCCCGAGCCAUGUCCUCUUCAACAUCAAUGAGAUCACGCAAGCAGUCUACGGCGAAGCACACGGAAAGGGAGUCCACGGCGGCAACACUGUAUACCCUCAAACUGUAUGCCACACGGCAUUUCGUACCAGCUGGUGAUGGUGUCAAAUCCAUUGUUCAUCCAUCCACCUGGCAGUACUCAAAGGCUGAGCUGAAGUGGCCACUGCUGUUUCAUCUCCGGUCGGAUCCGAGUCUUUCACGCAAAGCUCUCAACAUGUUCACAAGCAUACUGAAAUACUGUGGUGAGUACCCUACGCAGGUCAGCCACAACUCCACCAUCGUUGUACAGCGGGUCUUCAAGAGUCCUCUGGAAUACACAAGUCUUCGAGAUGAGCUCUAUUGCCAACUUUUCAAGCAACUGACAUCGAAUCCUGCAUCAGAGAGUCGAGAUCGUGUCUGGCAGCUACUCUGGAUGGCGACAGGUCUUUUUGCGUGCAGUAAAGAAUUCUUUGAGGAGGCCAACCUGUUUCUCAAAUGCCGUGCAGCACACAGCAAGGCUGCACUGAAAUGCUUGCAGCGCCUACAGCUGGCGACACGUGGUUCGCCGAGGCAGUAUUCCCCUCACCAAACAGAGCUCAUGGCGGCCCAGGAGGGCCUAGCAGAAAUGAACUGUAGUGUUCACUUCCCGGAUCUGUCUCACAAGAAAUUUGCUGUGACGUCUCGCACCAAAGUUCGAAACCUAGUGGAAGAAGUGUCUCAGGCUUUCAGCGUCAAGAGAAACGAGUUUGAUGUGGUCUUGAAGCAAGGUGACGAAGUGCUGGUCAGCCUCCCAGAAAAGCAAUACAUCUUUGACACCCUGCAAGAGUACACAGAGCAGGAGGAGGAUGAUGUUGAAGCUGCCGAGACUCAGCUAGUGUUUGUGCGUAAGCUGUGGAUAACUAAUGUGAUUGGAGUGAGCAAUCAGCUUGAUCACCGGGUCAACUUUCCACAGGAGCUGGCCAAGUAUAUGCAAGGCUGCCACAAAGUCUCCAAUACAGUGGCAGUGUAUCUGGCUAUCAUGAUCUGGUACAUUCGCUUCAGCCAGAAUCCCAAGUCGCUCGAUGAGCCUGGAUUCAGCUCAAUCUUCCACCAGCUCGUGCCAGAGGAUAUGAUACGAAAGAUGUCACUACGAGAAUGGAGAAAGUCCAUUGCUGAAGAGCGCAAGAAGAUAAGGCCGGAUGCAAGCACACACUGGGCGGAGCGCAAGUUCUUGGAGCGCCUGUCAUCUGCGCCCACAUUCGGCGCGUCUUUCUUCACAAUGAAGCAAUCCGUCUACACCACAUUGCCAGAGCAAGUGAUCAUGGCGGUCAACAAGCAUGGCGUGUCAUUGCUGGAUGCUACUAGCAAGGAAAUCCUGGCACACUGGGACUACAGUGAGAUCUCAAAUUGGUCUUUUGGCGAUGAGCAGUUCCUGCUCACGAUUGGCGGUAUGCUCCGCAGUAGCCCUGGUAUGAAGCUCCUCUGUGAUACUUCUGAGGGUGCAAUGAUUGACUCGUUGCUGACUGCUUACUCUGCAUUGCCAGUGCCAGCAGCACAAAAACAACAGCAAGACGCUGCACAGCCAAAGUCUACAAGACCUGAGCGGGUAUCAGUGACAUCCAUAGCUACGUCUCGCGGUCAGCGCCAACGGAAAUCUUCACAGCUCCGGUUGUAG